GCGAAACAAACAUGGCGACAGACUCGAGUGGACGGGGGUUUACUCUAACUUUAUUCCUGUUUUUUUGUGUAUUUGCGGACAGGCAGACCGAAGCGGCGCCUUCAGACUCGAGAGCCGCCACUCGGAUACUCGGCAUGCGGCUGGAGAGCAGCGACAGGCCGGCCGAGACCACCAAGGCAGGCGUGAUUCAGGUGACCGAGGACAGCCACAUCCUCUUCAGGUUCUACGGGCUCCACUUGCUCCCAAACAGCUGGGAGAUCGUCAGGUUCGCCGAGCUAGACUCUAGCGACAAAGAGGAUGAAACCUUGGGCUCGUUACCCGACACGUCGAACAGGACUUGUCCCGAACACACGAAGGAUAUUGAAGUGAAGGGGCCCAUGGAGGUAAGCAACCAAAAUACCACCGGAGUGGUCACCCUCAUCAUCAGGCAGCUCCGCAAGACCGAGGUGGUCAAGGUGUUCGGCUUGUGCGUCCUCGACGUCCAGGAGCAGAAGUGGCAGCUUCUGGGUGAAAAAGAAAGCAGGCUGCGGGUGGUGGAGGAGAAGAAGUCCCUGCUGCCAAUCUGGCUGCAGGUGAUCCUCAUCUCCUUCCUCCUGGUGCUGUCCGGCAUGUUCAGCGGGCUCAACCUGGGGCUCAUGGCGCUGGACCCGAUGGAGCUGCGAAUAGUUCAGAGCUGUGGCACCGAGAAGGAGAAGAAGUACGCGCGGAAGAUAGAGCCCAUUCGCAGGAAGGGCAACUACCUGUUGUGCUCGCUGCUCCUCGGCAACGUCCUGGUCAACACUACCCUCACCAUCCUCCUGGACGACCUCACCAACUCCGGGGUGGGCGCCGUGGUCGCCUCCACCGUGGGCAUCGUGAUCUUUGGGGAGAUAGUGCCUCAGGCGCUGUGCUCCAGGCACGGCCUGGCGGUCGGGGCGAACACCAUCAUGGUCACCAAGCUGUUCAUGCUGCUGACUUUCCCUCUGUCCUGGCCCAUCAGCAAGAUCCUGGACUGCGUCCUGGGCCAGGAGAUCGGAACCGUGUACAACCGAGAGAAGCUGGUGGAGAUGUUGAAGGUCACCGAGCCGUACAACGACCUGGUGAAGGAGGAGCUCAACAUGAUCCAAGGCGCUCUGGAGCUCAGGACCAAAACGGUGGAGGAUGUCAUGACGCCGCUCAACAACUGCUUCAUGAUCCACAGCGACGCCGUGUUGGACUUCAACACCAUGUCCGAGAUCAUGGAGAGCGGAUACACCAGGAUACCCGUGUACGAGGACGAGCGGUCCAACAUCGUGGACGUCCUCUUCGUCAAAGACCUGGCCUUCGUGGACCCCGACGACUGCACCACCUUGAAGACCAUCACCAAGUUCUAUAACCACCCGGUCCACUUUGUCUUCCAUGACACCAAGCUGGACUCCAUGCUGGAGGAGUUCAAGAAAGGAAAAUCCCACCUGGCCAUCGUCCAGAAGGUGAACAAUGAGGGGGAGGGAGAUCCUUUCUACGAGGUGUUGGGGCUGGUUACCCUUGAAGACGUGAUCGAGGAGAUUAUUAAGUGCGAGAUUCUGGACGAAUCGGACCUUUACACUGAUAACCGCACCAGGAAAAAGGUGGCGCCCAAUAAGAAUAAGAGAGACUUCUCAGCCUUCAAACACGAGAGUGAAUCCAAAGUGAAGAUUUCACCUCAGCUGCUGCUGGCCGCCCAUCGCUUCCUGGCUACAGAGGUGAGCUUGUUCAGCCCGUCCCAGAUCUCAGACAAGGUGCUGCUGAGAAUCUUGCGCCAUCCCGACGUGAUCCAGGAGAUUAAGUUCAACGAUAGCGACAAACGCUCACCCCACCACUACGUCUACCAGAGGGGCAAGCCCGUCGACUAUUUCGUCCUCAUCCUGCAGGGUCGAGUGGAGGUGGAGGCCGGAAACGAGAACAUGAAGUUUGAGACUGGACCUUUCUCCUACUAUGGAGUGAUGGCGCUCAGUGCUCCCACACUGGAGUUCCGCUCGCCGUCCCACCUCAGCGGCUUGAACCGGACGGCGUCUCUGAGCGGCACAGACAGGACCGAGUCUCUGUCCGUCAGCGGCAGCAACAGCCAGCUCAACAACAGCAUACCCCUGCAGCAGUACACGCCCGACUUCUACGUCCGCGCCCUCACCGACCUGCAGUUUGUCAAGAUCACACGGUCUCAGUACCAGAACGGCCUGGUGGCGUCGCGUCUGGACAGCACGCCCCAGUCCCCCGAAAGCGGCCACAACGCGGAUCAGACGACCCCGCCGCCGUCCGUCGUCGCCAUCGUCGACGCCUCCGCCGCCGCCAACUCCACUAUAAUGGACCCGGGAGCGGACUCCGCCCCCUUGGAAAACGGCCCGGACGAGACGACGCUCCUCCUCAACGAGCAGAACUCACCGCACACAGCCAAUCACCACAGCCAGCUGGAGAACAGCAUUUGACCCCACCCACCUUUCACCACCCACCCCCCCCCAAAGUCCUCCACGUCUGAGUGUGUGUUUGUUUGCAGACGAUUCUCACGUUUUUCCGGGAUGACAAAGAUUGUAAAGCUUUUUCCUUUGUUCCUCGAAAACGGACGUGUCGCCGGUUUGAGUGUCUUCCUCCGUGUGUGUGUGUGUGUGUGUGUGUCUUCAAGUUCAUUGUCCCUAAUUAGAGACUCAGGGAGACUCCGCCCUCCUCACCCUCCUCACCCUCCUCACCCUCCUCCUGAUGUACAUAACACAAAAGUGCGGAGCCGGGAGCCGCAAACCAACCCCGCCAACGCCGCAUGUGUAGCAGCUCCUCCUCCUCCUCCUCCUCCUCCUCCUCCGUUGCAUCCAUACAGCUAGAAGACAAAGAGCAUGUCAGCACAGCAGAGUAAAAAUAUCCAGUAGAAAAAUCAUAGCGAGAUAUUUAUUAAUGCGUGAGGCAGACACACAAAACCACCUACUGACUUUCUUUCUUUUUUUAUGAGUGGAGGUGAGGGUGGAUCUGUCAGACUACAUAUAUACAUAUAUAAAUCCAUAUAUAUAUAUAUAUAUAUAUAUAUUUAUAUAUGUAUGUUUCCUUCCUUGUUUUCUUCGUAGAAACAGCGAGUAGCCGAGAGCCUUUAUCCCGGAGUUGUUAAAGAGAUUCACCGCCGAUAGACAGCCAGUCUGUAUUGUGAUGACGACAAUCAACAUGAAUGUGUUAAGUUAAAUGUGUAGGGUACGUUAACUGUGGCCACUCCGCUGUAUCUCUCUUUAUUCUGUGGUUCCUCUUUCCCCUCUCUCCGAGUUUUAACAUUAAAAUCUGGUUUUGUUCUGUUUGAGAGCAAAGAGAGGAUGUGUGUGUGUGUGUGUGCGUGUGUGCGUGCGUGUGUGUGUGUGCGUGUGUGUGACCAAAAAUGAAAUAUCCACCAGCUGACACGGUGGCAACACAAACCAAAAGCAGGAAGUUUGAUCACCUCCUGGUUAGAAAAUACUUUAAGAAAUCUGAGACUUUAUUUAUUCUGUGUGUGUCUGUUGAUGAGGGAGUAGGGGCAAGAAGUGUAAUUUUUAUUUUUGCCUUCAUUGUGAGAUUUUAUAUGUUAUAACAAGUGUUCCUUUGCAUUCAGUGGUAAUGUUUGGGUUUCCUUCCCUUUCUUUUUUUUUUUUUUUUGUAUAAAUCUGGGUGAAAGAUGUGUGUAUGGUGGGGAUUAUCAAUCUAACACAAGUGAAAUUUUUUACUGUUUGUAUUUCUGUAGCCAAACGCACCGCUCGGCCAAAUGUUUUAAUGGAAGGACGAUGUUCACAGAGCUGCGUGCACUCCAGUCAGACCUUUACUGUACCCGCAGAGGAAAUUUUAAAAGGAAUAUUUGUUUGGAAACCACCCAAAAAAACAAACAAAAAAAAACACCUAAAGUUUGCAGCGAUUUAUAGUUUUUACCACUUAAUCCCUUAAUCACAGGUGAAUCCAAUGAGUUCCUCAAACUAAACAGGGCAAAUGAAAAUCUGGGUUUAAUUAGCACCCGUAUUAUUUAUCACUCAAUCAAAUUGUUUUUUCCUCUUAUAACGGUCGCUGCUUUUUUCUUUUCCGAAAAUCGUUUUUCCGCUGAGGUCAGCUGAACGAACACUGUGAAACCUCAUGAGAAAGAUAGAGAACUACUGAAGAGCAAGGAUCCUCCGAGUCCUAAAAGAGGAAAUACGAAGCACUUUUUUUCCAUUUUUUUUUUUUUUUUUUUUUUUUUCGUUGCGAACAAUUGAAACCAAAUCAUGAGCUCACAGUGACUUCAUUUCUGUUUUUCAGUGAAUUUUUUGUUGUUUUGGACGUGGCUCUUCUGACGGUGCCAAGUCACGGGUGUUCAGAUUUUAUUUUAUUUUAUUUAUUUUUUAUGCAAAUUACUCCCUUUAUGAUUUUUUUUUUUUUUUUAACAUGAAAUUAAAUCUCUGCCAAAGAGAGUUUUCUGAGUGGUGUUGCCUUAUUUUACCUGAUCCUUAAAUAUUCCCUGGUACAACAGAUGAUCACAUUCAAUGUGGAGUUUAAAACAAACUGGGUCUUUUUUUUAUUUUUUUUUUAAAAAGUGGAAAGAAUGAAAUUAAAUAGAGAUUUUCAAUUGUGUAUAAAACUUUAGAAAAGGUAAUUUUUUUAGAUCCAGCUUUUUUUUUCUUUUUUCUUUUUUGCAGUUCUCUGUCUAAGCUGAUAUGUUCUUAAGGUAAAGAUGUGUAAACAUUCGAGCACCGCAUUUUUAUUUUUUUAUUUUAGAUUAAAGAGCACUUAGCAGAAACGUGCAAUUUUCUGAAGCCAUUUGUAACUUCUCCCCAAAAAACAACUCAGAUCCUAGAAGGCAAUUUUUUUUUUUGCAUUUAUUUUUAUUUUAUUUUUUAUUUACAACCAACAUUUCUGCGAUGUGUGAGAGGCGGCGAGGGCUGUUGGCUAGCGGAAAUAUUCAUCCUUUUAUUUUCACAUCUGCUGCUUGGAUAAACUUCUUCCUCUCUCUGGACACUAACGAUAUAUUUCUAUUUUAUUUUAUUGUUUUCCCCCUUUGUCCAGAUCAGACACAGCCUCCAACAACGCCUUUAACUCUUUAACGAGGCUACAUUAGCGCCACCUGCAGGCGUCUUAACUCGAUCGGUUCCACUGGCUUCUGAGGAAACGCUUCCUGUUUGUAUCUUUUUUUUUUUUUCGCCAGAAUUUCUUUUUCAAACAACUUGGACUUUUCGGUGAGUUAGAAAAUGGAAAAGCACUUUUAGGUAGGAGGAAGAGAGGAAGAAGGACCCAGUAUUUUUCCCAAAAGAUACAAAUUUGCCAAAGUGAACUGUCGCAAUGCUGUUACGGUCAGAAUUUCAAAACCGUUUUUUUUUUUUUUCUUUUCUUUUCUGUGCCAAUUCCUUAACGUGACACUGCAUAUUUUAUUCAUUUAUUAUUUUUACAUUUGCAGCUCUCAGACUCAUCUUUCUGUCGCCAUCACUGUCCCUUUGUCAUGACUGUACCAGAAUGUCUUCUGUGUGUUCACGUGUGAUUUAUUAACACAAACUCCCGUUUCAACAGACUCUUUCUUCUUUGGUGGUUUUGUACAUUUUUACACCUGGAAUCGUUUUUAAAAUGUGUUCAUGUCUUUGAACCCCCCCCCAUCCUCCCCCCGUCCUCCUCCCCUCCUCCUCCUCCUCCCUGCCGCCACACACAUCUGCUUUAAAUCGUACUGGGUUUGGUUAUUCGUUAUCGUGUGUGUGUGUGUGUGUUUGUGUGUCUGAAUGUGAGAGUGAAUCGGGUCGGAUUAUUUUUUUUGUACCUCAGAACACUGUCAGUAAUCGUGGUGGACAACCAUCUUCUUCUUUUUUUUUUUUCUUUUUUUUUUUAUUAUUAUUAUUUGUCAUGAGUUUGAUUUGGGAACUGAGCGAAUGGAGUUUGGGGAAAAAUAAACAGUUUGUUCUUCAUUGUCUCUGGCAUGAGUUUAACUUAAACAAGAGAAACGAGAUGUAAAUACUGUUUUAUAAUUUCUGUCUUAAUGAGUUUUGAAGAUGAAGAAAGUUAUUAAUAAACCUGAGAUAUAUUUCUCUACGGAG